AUCUCGCACACGCCAGACACGCAAGCUCACUCCGCUCAGGAUUCUGAAAUGCGCCCCACCGUCGCUCUUCCAGCUCUUGCACUUUAGUUUCUCCUUGCCUCCUCCGCGACGAGUGCCCGCACCCAACAGCAGCCACCGGAAACCAUCCUCGUUGUCGCUCACCCUCAAGCUGCGCUCCGCUUGCACACCAUGCCUCCAGCGGCAGCCUCCCGGUCUGCGAACGGUGCUACAGCUCCAGAUCGUCGCCAGUCGACUCGUCAGGGACGUACGACGAUCCGCCCUACCAACUAUUAUGCUCGUACUUUUGCUGGACGACUCGCCGCCAACGGGAUGGAGCAGACUCCCGAAGCUGCCAAUACCUCCACCGGCUUCUGCCCCGCCCUCACACACUUUACACAGGCUGUUGAUGCCUUUCCAAAAGAGCUGAUCAAGCAUUUUUCCAUGUUCAAAGAGGUCGAGGCUAAAAUGAAUGAACCGGAACAUGUACUCAAGCUUCUGCUCGAUGAAAUCGCUCAAAUGCCGGUUCCCGUCCGCGAUCAGCAGCGUGAUCCUGCUUCCAAUGGCAAUGCCGCCGAAACCAGUGCCAGCGCAAGCGUUAAUGGCUCUGUCAUGCAAGACCCCGCUGCUCAAUACAAACUGCUCUUUCCAGAAGACUUCAAUACUCUUCCGCCUGACGAACAGGCCGACCUCAAGAAGCGCCAGGUUUUUUUUCGUUUACGUAUGGUCAUUGUGAGCAUGCUCCCUACGCUCGAUGAAAAAUUGGUGGUGCUAGGUGGCGCCAAAGCCACGAAGGAUAAAGGACUCGCGCGCAUGAACAAUUCCUUUGCGCGUUUAGACGAUGAAAUCAGCGAAGAGGCACGAUACGGAAGCCUCACGCACUGGGCAUACGCAGAUAAGGAAGAGAAGAAAAAGGGCGGCGCAUCCCACGAGCGGCAACGAAGAGAGGUAGUGUCGGCCAACAAUCUGGCUGCCGCUGCCCAGCAUGUACACGAUGCCGACUCUAUUGCAGCAAAGAGUGAGGCUCGACGUGAGGCCAUGGUUGCAAAGCGAGGCCGCAACAACCACGCUGACUCUGACUUUGACGACCGACCAGCGAAGAAACCACAGAAGCGCAAGGCGGUAGCAGCGGAAACAGCGGGCGAUGGGCGCAGUGUAGGGCUAGGCAUCACCAAUGGCAAUGUAUCCCAAGGCAAGAGGAAGAAGACGGAAAAGGCUCUCGCGGCGGCAGCAGCCGCCGCAGCACCUGCCAUGGAAAGAUCCCUCAGCGGUGCCCUGAAAGCUGCAGGAUCUGGUGGGCGAGGAGGUGUAAGCCCAAGAGCGACACCAGGUGCAGAGGGGGGCGGCACAGGCAAACGGAAACCUCGGGGUGCACCUACUGCGGCGCAGCGAAAGCAUGCUGUGCCAGCAUAUUCACCUCCACCAGCAUCAUCGCCCAUCACGUCCACCUUUUCCCUCCCCAAAUCUGUCAUCGCUAAUACGGAACGCCCUACAGCUUCACGGGCAAGGAAGAAUUCGACGGCGACAUCCGUGGCUUCAGCAGCCCCAGACGCCCUCAUGGGCCAGCGCCCCUCAUCAUCACACUCAGUGGUCCAGCCGGCUAAUAGCAAUGCUAUCACGGAGCUCGAACAAGCAGCUAGCAUGAACCCGCAAAACACCUCCACCAAGGACGCGUCAACGCCAAAGGAAACCACCGAGCUUCCCUCGCUUGAAUCGUUGCCCACUACAACGCUGAAGCAUGAGGAGGCAGAAGCUCAAGAAGCCGAUAACACUGAGCCGGACGUCCCUACGCCAGCCCCUAUGACCAGUCGUGCAGGACGAGCAUCCAAAACUGCCACUCCAGUGGUGGGCACGUUUCCCGAGAUACCCAUGGCGAGGAGUCGCAGCACACGGAAGGCCAACAACGGCAACAGCAACUCAAACACAUCGUCCGAGAAUAACAGCAUGACGACCGGUACUGUUUCCAAACGUGGGCCCAAGAAGAGUGCGCCGACUACUAGUAAUGCCGUGGCACAGUCUCCAGUCUUGGAACCUACGACCGAAGUCAAGUCCACUGCACAGUCGUCACGAGCAAGCUCGAUAGCGCCCGAACAAGAGUCACAAGAAUCAGAGGUGGACGGCGAAGAACCCCUGUAUUGCUACUGCAACCAAGUAUCAUUCGGCAAUAUGAUUGCAUGCGACAACGACUCGUGCCCCCGCGAGUGGUUCCAUCUGCCCUGCGUCAAACUCGACCGAGCACCCAGCGGCAGAGCGAAGUGGUUCUGCAGCCCCGAGUGCCGAGAAGCGCACGCAAAGGGCAAGGCAGCCAAGGGCGGGCGACCGAGCAGUAGUAGGCAAUAG